AGUUGGGCUCCCGCCUGGCUGGGAGGCGGAGGGAGGGAGGGAGCUCCUGUUGUUUUCCGCCGGCGGGAGUGGGCAGGCGGGCACAGGGGGCGGUGUGCGUCCUCCCUCCCCGGCUAGGGCGCUGGGGAGCGGGGACCCGCGCCUGCAGCCGAGCGCCGCUCCCGGCCGCGGACACCCAGCUCCGCCGAGCAUCCUUCCUGGGGGCCGACAAAGUGAGGCCACUCUGCCGUUCCGAGGACCUGGGAGGAGCCCGCGGUCCCCCGGGCGUCGGGGCCCUGGGGCGCACACAUCCAGCCCGAGCCUGCGUUUCCUGAGCCGGGAUCUGGGGCGAGAUGGCCGCAGGCGGCAGUGCGCCUGAGCCCCGCGUCCUCAUCUGCCUCGGGGCGCUCCUGGCCGGCUGGGUAGCCGUAGGAUUCGAGGCUGUUGUCAUUGGAGAAGUUCAUGACAAUGUUACUCUGCACUGUGGCAACAUCUCUGGACCGAGGGGCCUGGUGACCUGGUACCGGAACGACUCGGAGCCUGUCUUUCUUCUCUCGUCCAACUCUAGCCUCCCGCCAGCUGAGCCUCGCUUCUCUCUAGUGAAUGCCAGCUCCCUGCACAUCGAAGCACUGAGACUGCAAGAUGAGGGGAACUAUACCUGCCGGGAGAUCCUGAACGUGACUCAGUGGUUCCAAGUGUGGCUGCAGGUGGCCAGCGGCCCCUAUCAGAUUGAGGUUCACAUCUCGGCCACCGGCACACUCCCCAACGGCACCGUCUACGCAGCCAAGGGUUCCCAGGUGGACUUCAGCUGCACUAGCAGCUCCUGGCCGCCCCCUAUGGUUGAAUGGUGGUUCCAGGCCCUGAAUUCCAGCAGCGAGUUUUUCGGCCACAACCUGACAGUCAACUCUUUUUCACUGUUACUGAUGUCGCCAAACCUCCAAGGGAACUACACCUGUUUGGCCUUGAAUCUGCUCAGCAGGAGACAUCGAAAGGUGACCACCGAGCUCCUGGUCUAUUAUCCCCCUCCGUCAGCUCCCCAGUGCCGGGCACAGAUGACAUCAGGAUUGUUCAUGCUGCAGCUCACUUGUCGCUGGGAUGGGGGAUACCCUGACCCUAACUUCCUGUGGAUAGAAGAACCAGGAGGUGUAAUCGUGGGGAAGUCAAAGCUGGGGGUGGAAAUGCUGAACAAAUCCCAGCUGUCGGAUGGCAAGAAGUUCAAGUGUGCUGCGAGUCAUGUAGUUGGGCCAGAGGCGGGCGCCAGCUGUGUGGUGCAGAUCAGGAGUCCCUCCGUUCUCUCGGAGCCCAUGAAGACUUGCUUCGUAGGGGGCAAUGUGACGCUCACCUGCCAGGUGUCUGGGGCCUACCCCCCUGCCAAGAUCCUGUGGCUGAGGAACCUUACCCAGCCCGAGGUGGUCAUCCAGCCCAGCAGCCGCCAUCUCAUUACCCAGGACGGCCAGAACUCCACCCUCACCAUCCAGAACUGCUCCCAGGACCUGGACGAGGGCUACUAUGUCUGCCGGGCUGACAACCCCGUUGGGGUGAGGGAGGUGGACAUCUGGCUGAGUGUAAAAGAACCUUUAAACAUCGGGGGCAUUGUGGGAACCAUUGUGAGCCUCCUUCUACUGGGACUGGCCAUUAUCUCAGGGCUUAUGUUGUAUCACAGCCCUGUGCUCUGCUGGAAAGUAGGAAACACUUUCAGGGGCCAAAACAUGGAUGAUGUCAUGGUUUUGGUGGAUUCAGAAGAGGAAGAGGAGGAGGAGGAGGAAGAUGCUGCAGUAGAAGAGGAGGAAGGAGCACAUGAGAGACAAGAGUUCCCAAAAGAAAUACCCAAGCAGAACCACAUUCAUAGAGUGACCGCCUUGGUGAAUGGGAACAUAGAACAGAUGGGAAAUGGAUUCCAGGAUCUACAAGAUGACAGCAGUGAGGAGCAAAGUGACAUUGUUCAACAAGAAGACAGACCAGUCUGAAGAAGAGGAUGCUCCAUGGUUGUCUUGUUCUGAAAGCUUGGAAAGCUACAUUGAAGAGGAGCUCUUCACUCAGCUUUGACUUGACCUACACCCCUGACGGGGGGCUUGCACUAGCAACAUUUGGGUCUCAGCAAAAAACAAAACCAAGUGCACACAUCUUUCCUUCCAUUUAUUGAAAAACAUUGGUUUGGUUUGCUCUAAGUAUUCCCAACGAUGUUUAAAAGCUUUGAGAAG